AUGGCAGGCACAUUGCAGGUGGUGCAAGUAACGUCUUUUCUAUUGCGGCCAUUCUCGGAAAAGUUACUUGUGCGCAUAAACUCGAGGCUUGUGGGCACUAUGUGGACGGCUAUGCAGUAUAUAUUUGAACGUCGUCAAAAGGCAAGGAUAACCUAUUCAGGUGAUCGUCUCCCUGACAAGGAAUCAGCCAUUGUCAUCAGCAACCAUCGUUCUUGGACCGAUUUUUAUUUAUUGCAUUCGGUGGCUAUUCGUCGAGGAAUGCUCAGCAAUUGUAAAUAUUUUGUCAAGGAUUCAUUGAAAUGGUUACCGUUCUUUGGAUGGGGCAUGUGGCUUGCCGACUUUUUGUUUGUUCGACGCAAUUGGUUACGGGAUCAACGCAGGAUACAAAACACUUUUUCCAACAUCAAGCGAUUACAGACACCUGUAUGGAUUACGAGCUUUGUCGAAGGAACGCGAUUCUCUCCAAUCAAAUUACGCGAGUGUCAAGCAUUUGAAAAGGAACGUGGAUUUACAAUCAUGUGUAACGUGCUUCUACCACGCACCAAGGGCUUUGUUACGUGCAUCAAUGCAUUUCGAUUUUCUCAUGUGAAAUACGUUUAUGAUUUUACCAUCUGCUACAACCAUCGACUGCAGGACAAUACAACAGAGUUCAAUGUGGCACCUGACAUGGUGCGUGUACAUGUUCGAGAGCUUGGAGAUGAAUACGAGUUCCACGUCAAUGUGCGACGAUAUCCGAUUGAAGAAUUACCAAAAGACGACGAGCAGCUGGCUGCUUGGUUACGACAACGCUAUGUAGAAAAGGAUCAGCUAUUGACCCGUAUGCGUGAAAGGUGGACCGAAGGCAUGGACGUGUGGAGCGAGGAAAAAUGGUGA